GUAAUUUUCAUUUACAGCGGAUAUGAAAUAAAAUUUAAAUUAAUAUUUUCGGUGAUGCAUGAAAUUGCAUAAAGAUAUGAUUUCGUUUCAUGCUGAAUGCCUUUUUUUAAAUAAAAGAUCCUUUGCAUUUGAGUUUCCAAAAUGAAGUUCGGUUUUUGUAUAUUUGUUUUAAUUUUUUCUUUUUAUGAUGUAAAGACUAUAGAAGUAGCAACUCAUAUGCCAGCCGAAGUUGUAAAAAUUCUUAACAAUACUCGAAGGAUCAUAAAUGGCGAUGAAGUUACUGAUGGCAGGCCGUACAUGGUUUAUCUAAAAUUGCCACGUAGUAACAAAAAACAACCGAAUUACCGCACGUGGCUGUGUGGCGGCGUGAUCAUCCACGAAGAGUACAUCUUAACAUCAGCCGCUUGUAUUGAAGACGCUGAACAUUUCUACAUUGUUUCUGGAACUUAUAAAUACGCUGAUGAUGACGAUAGGUAUAACAAUCCUUGUAUAAAGAAUGGCGCAAAGAAAGCUAUUUGGAAAUGCGUGCCUAAAAACUACGUUUUCGACGGUCAUGAAAACGAUAAUAUCAGAUGGAUGAACAACGAUAUCGCUGUCGUGAAGGUCGAGGAAGGGUUUGAUUUCACUAGAAGGAUCAGAGGUUGCGACUUUAUUCCGAAGCCUAUCUGUUAUAACAACCAAAGCCAGACGCUUGAGAAUCCCGGCACAGUCGGCACUAUUGCUGGUUGGGGAAGCACUUCAAGGUAUAAUGAGUGGGUAAACAGAAGGAAAGAGAAUCAACAGAAUCUUCUAGAAGCGUCAGUAGAAAUUAUAACAAAAACUCGAUGCAAAAGGCGCUGGGGAUCUCGCUAUCACAACAUCAUUGACAACUACAUGAUCUGCACCAAGGAUAUUGGUCAGACAAUGUCCGAAAUCUGUAAUGAGAAAUAUGUAGAUUGCCAAGAUAUAAACUAUUCUGACGAAGAAGACAUGAGGCGAUCAGAGAAGAUCCCCACAAAUCUGGUAAUGCAUUCCGCGUAUCACAACGAGACUGGCGGCAACAGCUCUAUUAGAGAACCCUUUAGGCGCUAUGUGUCGCAAACUGACGGAGGAUUCUGUGAGAACGACCACGGAGGGCCUCUGGUAUACGGUACUGGAGUAAACUCAAUUGUUAUCGGAGUGAUUUCAGCAUGUCUCGUCAAAGAAAGGACUAACAAAUGCUACGGACCGUUCCUCUACACUAGCGUGUAUAAGAAUAGACAAUUCAUAUCUUGUGCUAUUUAUAAAGAUGUUGAACCAAAAUGUAGACGCCAAUUUAGAUCUGGCGUAACUCACGUAGAAAAAGUGCUUUCAUGGAAGAGUCAUCCAGAUGGACCAGCGAAAAAUGAAUUAAAUCCCGGGAAGAAGGAAGAAGCCGUUCCAGAGAUUGUCCAACGCGCCCACGACAGCCCAGUGGAUGUGUCCGGAGACAAAGUGUUUUCUGAAAGUGGAUUCAUAUUGAGAGCCGCUAAUGUUAAACAAAAUACGACAAAUUGA